AUGGCAUACCACGGCGCCACCCUACCUGUCGUGGACGUCGCUCCUUACCUCGAUCCCAAGUCGAGCGCCUCAAAGCGUGCAGCGACCUCUGCCGCUGUUCACCGCGCAUGCCGAGACUUUGGCUUCUUCUACCUGGUCGGACAUGGCAUCCCUGAGCAGCUGCGGCAGGAGAUGCUGCGUCUCGGGCACGAGUUUUUCGCCUUACCGCAGGCGGAAAAGGACGAGGUUUCGAUCUUCCACAGUAUGGACCGGAUCCGCGGCUACGCUCGACUGGGAGAGAACAUCACCUUGGGAAAGCGGGAUGUGCUUGAAGGGUUUGACAUCUAUCGAGAGUACCCGCAACCGUCCAAAGAAAUGCUGCGAGGUGCCCAGCUCUGGCCGUCGCGGCCGCCAACGCUCCAAUCCACGGCUCUGGAAUACGUCGAGAGGCUGGUGCCUGUCGGCCAGGCGCUGAUGCGAGCCAUGGGUGAUGGGCUGAGGAUAGAUGACGGCGCGAAGGCUUUUGAGGAGAUCAUUGCUGACCCCUUCUGGGGCCUCAAAUUCAUCAAUUACCCGCCCCUGAGCACACCUGACAUCGACGAGCGGGAAAAGGGCAUCUCUUGCGGCGAGCAUACCGACUACGGAGGACUGACCUUUCUUCUGGCCGAUGACCAUAUCAAGUCGGCUCUGGAAGUGCAGGCCAAGGACGGCGACUGGAUCAAGGCAGAUCCAAUCCCAGGGGCGUACGUUGUGAACAUUGGCGACAUGGUCAACGUUCUGACGAACAAUCGGUACACUGCCACUGUUCACCGCGUCAUCCACCGCGGCGAAGUGCCACGCGUAUCGAUCCCUUUCUUCUUCGAGCCGUCAUUGACCACCAAGGUCAAGCCGCUUGACGCGUGCGCAAACGAUGCUAGCAGUCUUUCCAAGCCAGCCGUCGACUACUAUGAGCAUAUGUGCCACAUGUUAUACGAUGGUAGAUUUGUCGAGGCGGGAAAAGAGGUGGAAAAGGUGUUGGUCAAUGAGAUCUCGUUGAAGGGAUGA